CUGCCUCCCUCAGUGGUGAAUUCAUCAAUCGCCGCCAUCAAAUUAGUUAUCAGAUUGCGAAAAUGGUGGCGAAGGUGGCGUCGAGGGUGGAGAUCCUGGCGAAGAGUGGCCUGAGCGAGAUCCCCGCCGAGUACAUCCGCCCCGAGUCGGAGCGGCUCGACCUCGGGGACGCGUUCGAGACGGCGAAGAAGGGGGCGGAGGACCAGCUGGGGCCUCAGCUGCCCGUGGUGGACCUCCAGGCGCUGGAGUCCGGCGACGAGGCUGCGCGGCGGGUGUGCGUGGAGGAGCUGCGCAGGGCGGCCUCGGAGUGGGGAGUGAUGCACAUCACCAACCACGGGAUUAAGCCGGAGCUGGUGGAGCGGCUGAGGAAAGUGGGGAAGGAGUUCUUCGACCUCCCCGUCGAGGAGAAGGAGCGGUACGCGAACGAUCAGGCGUCGGGGAAGAUCCAGGGCUACGGGAGCAAGUUGGCCAACAACGCCAGCGGGCAGCUGGAGUGGCAGGACUACUUUUUCCACCUUAUUUUUCCCGAGGAGAAGAUCGACGUCUCCAUUUGGCCGAAGCAACCGGAAGAUUACAUUGAAGUGACGGCGGAGUUCGGAAAGCAGCUGAGGGUGGUGGUGACGAAGCUGCUGGAAGCCCUCUCCGAAGGCCUGGGAUUGGAAAAGGGGACUCUGGACUCCGAGCUCGGCGGCACCAAGGACCUGCUCCUCCAGAUGAAGAUCAACUACUACCCUGUCUGCCCGCAGCCGGACCUGGCGCUGGGCGUGGAGGCGCACACCGACAUCAGCGCCCUCUCGUUUAUCCUCCACAACAUGGUCCCCGGCCUCCAGGUCUUCUACGACGGUAAGUGGGUGACGGCGGAGUGCAUCCCGGACGCCCUCAUCGUCCACGUCGGCGACAGCCUCGAAAUCCUCAGCAACGGCCGCUACAAGAGCGUCCUCCACCGCGGCCUCGUCAACAAGGAGAAAGUCCGCAUCUCCUGGGCCGUCUUCUGCGAGCCCCCCAAGGAGACCAUCCUGUUGAGGCCGCUGGAGGAGCUGCUGGCCGACGGCACGCCGCCAAAUUUCCCGCCGAGGACGUUCGAGCAGCACAUCCAGCACAAGCUCUUCAAGAAGAACAAUCCGGAGGCGGCGACGCCCCCAGCCAACGCAACCAACUGAGUUCGUCCGUCCCCAUGUGUCUUCUUAAUUACUUGUGCUUGCAGUUACCGGCCGGCGUGCAUCUGGCUACCGGUCGCGUAAUAUCGCUCUGUUUUCAGUUUUUCCAUCCGUAUGAAUAAUAUUAAUAUUUUGGCCUA